AUGGGUCGCCCAAAGAAGGCUGCUGCUUCCUCAUCUCCCAAGAAGGUGAAGUCCCCGAAGAUGAAGGCAGAACGAAAGAAGAAGGACCCGAAUGCACCAAAACGCGCUCAGUCUGCUUAUAUGCUGUGGCUGAACGAGAGCCGUUCGAAGCUGGCGAAGCCUGGAAUGAGUGUUGUCGAUGUCUCUAGGGCUGCCGGAGUCGAAUGGGCUAAGGUAACUGACAAAUCGAAAUGGGAAAAGUUAGCUGCUGAAGAGAAGAAGCGAUACGAAAAAGAGAUGGCCGCCUAUAAAGCCGGAGGAUCCUCCACAACGCCUAAAAAAGCUGGAAAAGCAAAGGCAAAGUAG